UUCCAAGCGCGCAAAUUAAAGGUACUGCGACAGAAGAGACGCUCGCUGGUUGUUUGUUUUGAUUUAUUUGAAUUCGGGUUGAAUGUAAACAUCAUAAAAGAGGAGAAAAGCCGCUGUAACGGUCGCCACCAGGAGUAAAAGCUGUAGAUAAGAAUUUAAAAGGACACUGAUUAUAGAAGAACAAUGGUGCUAAGUGAGAGCGACGCGGGGAAGAGUCUGAGUUCGGCGGCGGCUAAAGGAGACACGGCGGAGCUGCGCAGGCUGCUGGAGGAGAGCCGAGUACAUCCAGAUACCAGGAAUGAGUUCGGAAAAACCGCACUACAGGUUAUGAUGAUGGGUAACACCAAUGUGGCAUGCUUGCUCCUGGAGAACGGUGCUGACCCAAACAUUCAGGACCACUUUGGAAUCACACCAGCUCAUGAUGCUUCCCGAACCGGCUUCCUGGACACGCUUCGCGUUUUGGUGGACUAUGGUGCCUCUGUAAACAUUCCCGACCUGUCCGGCGCUUUGCCCAUUCAUAUCGCCAUUCGAGAAGGCUACAAAGAUGUGGUGGAGUUCCUGGCACCACGCUCGAAUCUCGGGCACCAGGACACGAGAGGUGACACAGCGCUAGACAUCGCAGAGGCAACAUGUACACCAGACGUGGUGGACCUGCUAAAGCGCCAGUUAGAGUCCUCCCUGGCGUUUCAGUCAUAGAAGCAUCAAUCAGACUUAAUGAUUCCAAUCGUAAAAUUGCAGAAGGGACUUGUACAGAACUAGCUUAUAUUACUACAUUGUUCAUUUUAGCUCGUUGCAUUGUUCAGUUGGAUCGUUAAUACAAGAUGAAGAAUGUAGCAGCGGUUUUGCACAGAGCAAACUGCAUACCAGAGUCGACAAAGAAGGAUGUGUAUCAUCACCGCUGACUCUAACGUUUGCUAUGCACAUUGUAAAACAAGCUCUAUUUUUCAUCAGCCGAAGUUACAUUUACAUUUACUGCACGGGUCUUUGUAGGAAACUUGAACUGUUAACCGUUUUACAAAAAAAAUCUGAUAUGUAAUAUGAAAUUACUGUUGCCUGGUCUUACCUAGUGAGAUUUUGCAGCGUGCACUGAUGAACUUGCAUGAUUUUUUUGUGUUUUUGUGAUAGUUUGUGUUUUUAAUGUGUGUAUGUAUUAUAAUUUAGCGUUUUAAUCUGUACAUAACAUUUUAUGAGAAUAAUGACUUAUUUAUUAAGAGAUUGUACAUAGAUUUAUGUUUACUGUGGGAUUUCUGAUGUUAUUUAUAAAGGAAUUCAUUCGUACCUCUAAAUGUCCUGACCCUGAAAUUGAAACUGAUCUAUUGCUAUUGUUAUUUCAUGAAUUCUUGAAACACAAUUAAAUUUCUAAACAUGUUGUAA